CAACACAGGAAGACCACCUUAUAGUUUCAGAGCGUUAUAGCACACAGGCAUUGGUUCAGUUUUACCAAAGACGGACAAGAAUGGCAGUUCUUUGCCGCGUUUUGAUAGUGCUUUGUUUUGUAUUCACUACAAGUAAAGCAAGUGUCGACGUUCGUGUGAUUGAUGGCUUCCAUGGUGRUAUACCAUAUGAUGGAGCUGUUCUCCGUGAUGACUACCAUUAUGAUAGCAUCCACGAAGAUUUCAGUUUUCAAGAUGAUUUCUUAGCUGGAGCAGCUCAAUCCCACCGCAAGCGAAGGAGCAUUGGUGGUAUGGGGGUACAGGGCCUCUCGGCCAGCCAGACCUGUGACGGAAUUACAUUAGAAUGGCUACCAUCAGGAUUACCAUACAGCCCCAAUUAUCCAUACAAUCAUUCAGAGUUCAAGCACUACAAUGUCUACCGUAGUAAUGUAUUCUUUAAAGACGUCACGGGGAUGACUCCACACGCUUCCGGUUUAACAGACCCUAAAYUACGUCAUACCGAGACAAGUGAGUGGGUGGACMGCUGGCCUACUGGCAUGGUAGACUGGUUUUAUGCUGUGACUAUUGUAGAUGGAAAAGGAAAAGAAGACAAGAGUGUCACCGUUGUUAAGGCGAAGUUCAUUGGGGCCUUUGMGAAGAAWGGCAAACCGUUUUUGAUGAUCCCAUCCAUGUUACGUGGUCGUGCCAUGCAUCAYAGYGUGGUAUUCAACGAUAAGCGAAACGAGUAUUUUGUGGCUUUUGACUGGGAUGCCAACUAUGAUGGUAUAGCUGACCAUAUUUAUGCUCUACGAUUGAACCAAGCUGCACGUAUUGUAGACAAGACAGUGUUAAAUAUCACUGCUACUCUACCAGGUUGGAUAGGAGGUGAUCAAGGGUGGCCGUCAGCAGCRUWUAAUCCAUCCAGUAAUGAAUAUCUGGUAAUAUUUCAUUUACGAUCGCUACGUCAUUUUGGUAGCAAUUACAUAAUCAUUGGUCAGCGGUUAUUUGCUACAAAGACUGAGAGGUCAGCUUCACCAGCAAUUGUGGCAAGGUUUGACGGGAACAUUGAUGCAAAAAAACCUAAGCUCCUUUACAAUCCUAAAACUGGUGGAUACGUGGCUUCUUUGAUUGCUGAUAAACCAAGUAAAGAUAUUGUAGCGUUAUUUCUCGAUAACGUUGGACAGACAGUUACAUCAAAACAAGUUUGUAGCUUUAAGACGUCUGCAUACGAACACAACUUGUUUCAUGAUACAAAGCGAGCCGAGUUUUACUUUACAUGURMASUUGAAAAAAGAGGUGCUAACGCUGACUUUAAGUUAAAACAAUACCCUUUCUUGCUGUUAAUGACGAAAAUGGAUGCUARUGGAGGACACGCUGCAAGCUCUCCUCCAGGUACAAAAACGUUGGUUGGGUACUCGUCAAAACGCUAUACAAGACAUGAWGGAUAUUACAACGAGAAGACAGACAGACUGGUUCUCUUUUGGGAGGAUAUGAACAAAGGCAAAAAUACAAUCGCUUCUAGUUCAUAUAUAAUGACUCGACAAAUCUUUAUAUGGAAUCCUACCAAGUACAGAUGUUCCACAACCGGCUUAGAAGUAAAAACCCCUGUACCGUUGCCMCUGGAAACAACUGGAGGGCAUUACCUUUUAUGGCAAGAACGAAGUCAAUUCUCGUGGAAUAUUGGAGGCUAUUUGAUGAAAGGAAACUUCAAACUAACCAAAGGUGUUCAAAAAAAUCCUGUCGUAGUCUCGAAUAGCGUGACAAGACAAGGCUUUGUUGUAUGGCAAGAAGACUUUGGCCGAGAAAUACGUUUGAUAGGCAGACAUUUCAUUGAGUCAUCGUCACACUCGUGUCGUUCGCCUGCAUGUCAAGCCAAUCAGAAAUGUGUUCAAGAAAAUAAAUGUGUAUCAACGGUUUCAGACCGUUGUUCAGUAAAUAACGGAAACUGCAGUCACACAUGUACCGAUAUUAAUGGCGGACGCGAUCGGUCAUGUAGUUGUCCCAGCAACAUGGAUCUUCAACAAGACAAGAAAACAUGCAMGGACAGGCAUAAURACAAUCUUCCAGAGUUUACGGCGUUAAUAGCAAGCGAGGGUGUUAUAUGGCGUGCUACGGAGAACCAAAAGCAGCGUAAAGCCAGCAUCGAACGAAUGCCKUUUACUCAGGGUGUAACGAUAGUUGCUGUGGGCUAUGAUUCACAAGAUAAGAGAGUUUAUUGGAGCGAUGUAAAUCGUGGUGUUAUUAAACGUGCGUACAUGGAUGGUUCAGGAGAAGAAACUAUUGUAUCAUUUGCAAAAGYACCGGAUGGACUGUGCAUCGAUGUCGAAGGCCGACAAAUCUACUGGACUGAUACAGGGUUWAAUAAAAUAGAGAAAGCAUUGCUGGAUGGAUCAGCUAAACAAACCAUAGUCGAUACUGGGCUGGACGAACCACGUGCUAUUAUUCURCACAAAACCAGAGGGCAAAUAUACUGGACUGACUGGGGCAAAACGGCCAAGAUAGAACGAGCAGCACUGGAUGGGACACAAAGGAAGACCAUAAUCAAAGGGGGACUAGUAUGGCCUAAUGGUUUAGUCAUUGAUGAGGAAAAUUCUGUACUUUACUGGGCGGACGCGAAAUUGGAUAAGAUAGAAACUAGUGACCUUGAGGGAGGGAAUCGACGCUUGCUUGCCGAUGAUACUGUUGUAAAGCAUCCAUUUUCACUGGCAAUAUUAAACAAAAGGUUGUUUUGGACUGAUUGGGAAGCCGCAAGCCUGCAAAGUAUCGAUAAAAGAACAGGGAAAGACUAUCGAAUAUCAUUCACUGGAUUAAGGAAUCCAAAAGGGAUGUUUGUCUUCUUUACCAAAGGCAAAAAAUGUAUGGACCCAGGAAUCCCUGACAAAGGUGGACGACACCCAUCCCCAGACCCUUCUGGUCAUUACUCCACCGGAAGUACAGUUAUCUUUACGUGUCGCCCUGGAUACACCAUGAUUGGCCCUUCGAGAUCAACAUGUCUGAAAUCAGGAAAAUGGGACAAAAAGGACACUUUAUGYAAAGUACCKCCUGUCUUGACCGCAUUCCCAGUGAACCAGACGAUGAACGACGGAGAUUCUCUUGUGAUGAAGUGCUCUGCGUCGGUCCAAGGAAAACCCAUUCAAGUCAAAUGGAAUAAAAAUGGAUCCCCACUAAAUCCAUCGAAAAGCGUUGAUUAUUUUGUGGGUAAAAAAGGCCAUUUAGUAUUCCUGRAUGUUCAUUUUGAUGAUCAAGGUGUUUAUGAGUGCAUCGCGGAAAACGAAGCGGGAAAAGUAAGCGCCAAGGCUCACUUACGAGUUCGUGGAACAGUAAAACUCAAAGAAUGCGGCCGACCACGAUAUAAAACACGUGCCCGGAUUAUUGGUGGUCGUCGAGCUGAUCGUGGUGCACAUCCAUGGCAAGUAAUGCUGUGGAACAACAAACAAAAUAAACAUUUUUGUGGAGGAACACUCAUUACAGAUCGAUGGGUGGUUACCGCUGCUCACUGUGUUUCCAAAAUAAGCCUUUUCCCUUCAGACAUUCAACUUCGCUUUGGUAAGCAUGUUCGCACUCGUAAUGAACGUAGCGAGCAAUCUAUCGUGGCUGAUACGAUUAAAAUGUACCCUGGUUUUAAUAGGCCUACUUACGACUCUGAUAUUGCUUUGAUACGUGCGUCGAAAAAGGUGAUCUUCACAGACUACAUACAACCUAUCUGUCUUCCUAGUAGCGAGAGUGACUACGGCUUGCUUCGUGUUAAUAACACAGGGGUUAUCAGUGGUUGGGGAAGCAGGAAAGAAUUGAGACAUGCAGCUAGGCGUCUACAUGAAGCCAAUGUACCUGUUGUCAGUCAAGAACAAUGUAUUGCAUCUCAUAGCCCAAGGUACAUCGUGACAGCGAACAUGUUCUGCGCUGGUUACAAAAAUAGCUCGUUAGGAGAUGCUUGCCAAGGAGAUUCUGGCGGCCCAUUCUCCAUCAACAAUCCUCAACUUGCUACACCUUUUACAACGAGACACGUGCUAAUGGGCGUGGUGUCCUGGGGAGAUGGGUGUGGUAGAUACGGAAAAUAUGGCGUGUACACUCGUUUGACUAACUUUAUAGACUGGAUUAUGAGCCAAAUUAUCAAUUAGUAGUCAUUGAAAAAUUGCCUAUUGGAGAAACGUGGAAAAAGUUCAGGCAUAUUUUUAACAACUUCAUAACACGUUGAUAUAUUCUGUUUCAAAAACUCAUGAAUAAUUAAUAAACUAAUUGACCAACCACGUUA